AUGUCCCUGGCCAUUUGUCGGCGCAGCGCCGCGUGGAUGCCACGGCGCCCCCUAGCCAGACGACUGUUUUCGAGUGAAUCGAAGACGGAUCAAGUGCAGUUUACCUAUGCGCUUGCAAACACAUCCAGAGAUGCGAUUUCGUCCAUGAUGGAUGACAUUGCCUCCAAGGCUCUGUCGGCAAAUUCUUCCAGCCACGACGCAGCUGUCGUGCUCGCUACGCCGGAAUUUGCCAGAAAUUUUGAAGAUGCCGAUUUCAUGGGGAGCAUGGCCUCCCUCCUCGCCGGCAGUGGCCGCCCGGGCAAGUUCCACCUCCUGGGUGCCAUAGUGGACAACAUCGCGCCGCAGCUAGGCAGCUACCAGACCUCGCCAGGGAUAUCCGUCCUGAGGGGCCAUCUCGACCACAUGCUGCCGCAUCUUUGGCAGCCAGAGCCGCCUCGGUCACCAGAAGAUAAAGAUUCGUUAUCGGCGCUGUCGUUUUCGCUAGGUGUGCCGAAGGUGACUCUACCUCUCGCGAGAACCACGUUUCAGAACAACAGGGCUUCGACACUGCUGGCCUCGUCAUUUGAUCUCUCUGGCAGUGGCUCUAGAAUGGAGCAGCAGCUGGAACGCUACUCACAAGAUGUGUUUGUCUUGGACAGUGACUUGCCCCAGAAGAUGGGUGAUCUGGGGCUGUGGGCGCCGCUGGCGCCUGCGACACCGCCGCGUCUGGUGGCGGCUAGCUUUGGCAACAUUGUGCGCGGCGUCGAGAUUGAUGGCCAGACAAUCCCGGCGUCGACGGAGCUCGAAGAUGCGGUCAAUGCAUUCUAUGAUAAGCGCGAUAGCAACAUUACAAACACAGGACCCGUCGGCAUCUGGGCGCUGAUUACGCCCAAGAGCGAGUCGGCCGACGCGGCUGCAUCGUGGCUCAAUGGCAGCCCGACAUCGCUAUCUGUGGACACGACCGAGUCGAGUAUGCAGGAUCUGGUGACCAAGACGGCAAAGUAUCUACACAGCUCACAUCAGCGUGGUGCGAAGCUUCUCCAAGUUUUGAGCGGUGGCGGCGGCUGGGGCGCCAAGAAGGGCCUUCUCUCUCUUGAUCCCCAACUCACGCACUUUUCCCUUUCCGAGGAGGAGUCGAUGCACCGCUUCACACAAUCGAUGAGCGACUCGACCUUCGCGCCCACUGGCUGCACGAUUCAGUUCCUCAUGGCCCUCGACGACGUGCCCGGCAUGCCCGAGUACCUGCCCCCGAGCAUCGUGUUUGGCGUCCCGAGCACGCACCAGGGGCUGUCCACCCGGCCGGAGAAACCCUUUAUGGGCGGCCACUUUGGCGCGCUGUCGAGCAAAGGCAUCUUUGUUGCAGCGCCGAGCGAGAGUGAUGAUGCGGAGCUUCCGGAUGAGAGGAAGCUGUCUGUGCCAAACUCGCGGCUGUUUGUCGCGGAGGGCAUUGAUGAGCAAAUGAAAGGCUUUGGCAAGAUGCCGACGUUUGCGGAGGCAGGUCUCAUGGCGCUUCUGCUGUAG